ACCAGUCUCGCGAGACGCACACAUCCUACCCCCAACACCCACCCCAGGACUCAAUCAACAACAUAGCCAUCCCUCACUCAAACCAACCACAAUGUCCUCCCCCCACCCCUUCACACCCCCCAUCAAAGCCCUAACCUUCGACAUCUUCGGCACCGCCGUCGACUGGCGCACGCCCAUCACCACCGCCCUCACCACCGCCGCCACGAACAAGCUCACCUCCCCAGCCUUCGCCACACUCCCCAAAGCAACCCAAUCCCGCCUACAGUCCCUCACGCCCCAAGACUGGUCCGCUUUCGCCCAGUCCUGGCGCGACGCCUACAACACCUUCACACAUUCCUUCGAGCCCGGCACGACGCCGUGGAAGGACGUGGACACGCUGCACCGGGAGAGCCUGGCCUCGCUGCUGGAGGAGGAGGAGUGGGGGCUGGCGGGGGUGUACGACGACGGGGAGCUGGACGCGCUCAGCCGGAGCUGGCACUUCCUGACGCCGUGGCCCGACGUGGCCGAGGGCGUGCGGCGGCUGAACGCGGGGUUCGCGACGGCGAGCCUGUCGAACGGGAACACGGCGCUGCUGGAGGAUCUGAAUGAGUACGCGCGGCUGGGGCUAGGCCGGCUGGUUUCGGCGGAGGACUUCAAGGAGUACAAGCCGAGCGGGAAGGUGUAUCUGGGUGCGUGUAGGAUGUUGGGGCUGGAGCCGUCGCAGGUGGCUAUGGUGGCGACGCACUUGACGGAUCUAGCGGCGGCGAGGGGGUACGGGAUGCGGACGGUGUACGUCGAGCGGCCUGGGGAAGGGGAGUGGAAGGCGGACGAGGAGAGGUACGUGCAGGCGAGGGAGUGGGUUGAUGUAUGGGUCGCUGAAGGGGAGGGAGGCUUCGAGGAGGUCGCGAAACGGCUCGGGGUGUGAGGGAAGUCUUGUGUGUCCGAGGCCCCCAUAACUUACAGGUUUCCUAUGUUGACAGCACAUUUUUCGACCGAGAUAAACACAUCUCGGAAGUUGGCGACGGGGUUGGUUUUACAAAUCUCUCCCGCUUAGAAGUCGGCGGUCCAUCCCAUUCCUGGACCGAGAAGCGGGCUCGUGGCCCUGGCUCGGUA